CUCUGACAGGCGGAGCGGCAGCUGUUUGGCUCGUGGCUCGUGGCUAGUCAGCCCCUGCGCGCGGUCGGGACCCCUGGCGCGGGUCCCCGCGGGCGGCCGAGGGAGCAGCGGAGGCGGAGGCGGAGCAAGCGGCGGCAGAUGGCUGAGAGCUUCAAGGCAGCCCCGGCACCAUGAUGGCUCAAUUUCCAGCUGUUAUGAAUGGAGGCCCUAACAUGUGGGCGAUCACCUCGGAAGAGCGGACCAAGCAUGAUAAGCAGUUUGACAGCCUCCGGCCUGCUGGAGGACACAUCACAGGUGAUCAAGCGCGUGGUUUCUUCUUACAGUCUGGCCUCCCAGCUCCUGUUUUAGCUGAAAUAUGGGCAUUAUCAGACCUGAAUAAAGAUGGGAAGAUGGACCAGCAAGAAUUCUCUAUUGCCAUGAAGCUCAUCAAGCUUACGCUCCAGGGGCAGCGCCUACCUCCAUCCCUGCCCCCUGUUAUGAAGCAGCCGCCUGUGUUCUCCCCUUUGGCGUCUGCGCGCUUCGGAAUGGGAAGCAUGCCCAACCUGUCCAUCCCUCAGUGUGUGCCUCCAGCUGCCCCCAUGGCACCCGUAUCCUCAAGGCCUUCUGUUACUUCCCUUCCUCCCUUGGGGAUGCCCACUCCACUGGUACCUUCUGUUAGCACAUCAUCCUUGCCCAAUGGAACUGCCGCUCUGCUCCAGCCCAUGGCCGUCCCCUUCUCCUCAGCAACCCUGCCUCACACGUCAUCGUACGGUCUCUUGAUGGGCAGCUUUGGCGGUUCUUGCAUCCAGAAGGCCCAGUCCCUGAUCGACUUGGGAUCAAGCAGCUCCACGUCCUCCACAGCUUCCCUGACAGGGGGCUCUCCCAAAGCUGGAUCCUCUGACUGGGCCGUCCCGCAGCCCUCAAGGCUGAAGUACCGCCAGAAGUUCAACAGCUUGGAUAAGGGCAUGACGGGCUAUCUCUCAGGUCUCCAGGCUCGGAACGCCCUUCUCCAGUCCAACCUUUCUCAAACCCAGUUGGCUACUAUCUGGAACCUGGCUGAUGUGGAUGGAGAUGGUCAGCUCAAAGCGGAGGAGUUUAUUCUGGCCAUGCACCUGACUGACAUGGCCAGAGCUGGGCAGCCAUUGCCUCUGACCUUGCCUCCGGAGCUGGUGCCGCCUCCUUUCAGAGGAGGAAAACCUGUUGAUUCCCUUAAUGGAACUCAGCCUUGCCAUGAGAGAACCCAAGAAGAGCCACCUCAGAAAAAGUUACCAGUGACCUUUGAGGACAAGCGGAAAGCAAACUACGAGCGAGGAAACCUGGAACUGGAGAAGCGGCGGCAGGUGCUGCUAGAGCAGCAGCAGCGCGAGGCUGAGCGUAAGGCGCAGAAGGAGAAGGAGGAGCUUGAGCUCAAGCAGCGGCUGAUCCAGGAACACAAGUGGAGGCGACAGCUCGAGCUGGAGAAGCAGAGGGAGCUGGAGAGGCAGAGGGAAGAGGAGAGGAGGAGAGACGCAGAGAGACGGGAGGCUGCUAAACAAGAGUUAGAGCGUCAGCGGCGAUUGGAGUGGGAGAGAAUUCGCCGACAGGAGCUUCUCAGUCAGAGGAAUAGGGAACAGGAAGAAAUUGUCCGGCUGCAAGCGAGGAAGAAGGGUCUGCACCUCGAGCUGGAAGCGCUGAAUGGCAAACAUCAGCAAAUCUCAGGGAGACUCGAGGAUAUGAGAGAGAGAAAGCAGACUCGGCAGAGCGAACUGGACAUCCUGGACAAGCAGUGUGACCUGGGGGUCCUGGAGAUCACACAACUUCAGCAGCAGCUCCAGGAAUCUCAGAACCAGCUUGUCUAUUUGGUGCCAGAGAAACAGCGGUUACAGGAGAGGGUUCAGCACCUCCAGCCGGACAGCUCAGCCCAUCUGGGCAUCGAGGCUGUUCACAAGAAGUCUCUGGAGAAGGAGGGUCUCUGCCAAAGGCUGAAGGAGCAGCUGGAUGCCCUGGAGAGAGAGACAGCUGCCAAGCUGUCUGAGAUGGAUGCCUUCAACAGUGAGCUGAAGGAGCUGAGAGAGAACUACACCACGCAGCAGCUGGCCCUUGAGCAGCUUAAUCUGAUCAAACGGGAGAAGCUGAGAGAAAUAGAGAGGAGAAGGGCAGAGGUGACCCACAAGAAGAAACUGGAGGAGGAAGCGGCCACAAGGAAAGCAAAACAAGGGAAAGAAAACCUCUGGCGAGAAAACCUGAAGAAGGAGGAGGAAGAGAAACAAAAGCGAUUUGUAGAAGAGAAAAUACGACAAGAAUUGCCAAGAGCCGAGAACAAGCCGUGUGGGGCUGAGGAAGGGGGUGAGGCUCUCAGUGCUUCUGACCCUAGGAAACCAGCCAGCUGGGUGAAUUACAAGGCCUUGUAUGCCUUUGAAGCAAGGAAUCAUGAUGAGAUGAGUUUCGGGGCUGGAGAUAUUGUGCAGGUGGAUGAAAAAACCACAGGAGAACCGGGCUGGCUUUAUGGCCGUUUUCAAGGCCAUAGUGGCUGGUUCCCAGGAAACUAUGUCGAAAAGGUGUCAGCCAGUGAAAAACUGGUGUCACCCAAGAAGGCCUUGCUGCCACCAGCAGCUUCUCUGCCAACUACCUCAUCUGCUCCUCCUGAAUCCAGGCCUUCAGGACAGCCCACAGCAGAGACCGAUUACCAGAACAUACCCUUCUCUACCCUCACUGCAAAUGCCAGCUGGCAGAAGAAAUCUGCUUUCACUCGCACUGUGUCCCCUGGAUCUGCAUCUCCCAUUCACGGACAGGGACAGACAGUAGAGAACCUAAAGGCCCAGGCCCUCUGCUCUUGGACGGCCAAGAAAGAGAAUCACCUGAAUUUCUCCAAGCAUGACAUCAUCACAGUUCUGGAGCAGCAGGAAAACUGGUGGUUUGGGACGGUGCAUGGAGGCAGGGGGUGGUUCCCCAAGUCCUAUGUCAAGAUCAUCGCAGGGCCGGAAACUAGGAAGGAAGAACCAGAAGCUGUCUAUGCCAGCAUCAACCGGAAGCCAAGCAGCACGGGCCCAGCGCUGGGAGAAGAAUAUGUGGCCCUCUACUCUUAUUCAAGCUCAGAGCCUGGAGACCUGACCUUCACCGAGGGUGAGGAGAUACUGGUCACCCGGAAGGAUGGGGAGUGGUGGACGGGGACCAUCGACAACCGAACUGGCAUCUUCCCGUCCAAUUAUGUUCGAGUGAAGGAAGCUGAGGCUCUGGGCAGCGCCGGCCGAACUGGGGCCCUGAACAAAAAGCCAGAGAUUGCCCAGGUCACUUCCACCUAUGCGGCUUCUGGGGCGGAGCAGCUCAGCCUCUCACCUGGGCAGCUGAUCCUGAUUCUGAAGAAGAACCCCAGUGGGUGGUGGCAAGGGGAGCUGCAGGCCAGAGGAAAAAAACGCCAGAAAGGAUGGUUCCCAGCCAGCCACGUAAAGCUCCUGGGCCCAGGAAGUGAGAGAGGGACCCCUGCCUCUCAGCCAGCAUGCCAGGUCAUAGCGAUGUAUGACUAUGUUGCCAACAACGAGGAUGAACUGAACUUCUCCAAGGGACAGCUGAUCACCGUCUUGAACAAAGAUGAUGCUGACUGGUGGCACGGAGAGAUCGGUGGGGUGACCGGCCUCUUUCCUGCCAACUAUGUGAAGAUGACCACAGACUCGGACCCGAGCACGCAGUGGUGUGCUGAUCUCCAAAGCCUAGACACCAUGGCCCCGAUGGAGAGGAAGCGGCAGGGUUACAUCCACGAGUUGAUCCGCACGGAGGAGAGGUACAUGGAUGAUCUGCAGCUGGUCACCGAGGUCUUCCAGAAGCGCAUGGCUGAGUCAGGCCGUCUGAGCGAAGGAGAAAUGGCCUUGAUCUUCGUGAACUGGAAGGAGAUCAUUAUGUCCAACACAAAACUCCUCAAGGCUCUGCGCGUGCGGAAGAAGACUGGCGGUGAGAAGAUGCCUGUGCAGAUGGUCGGGGACAUCGUGGCUGCCGAGCUCUCCCACAUGCAAGCUUACAUCCGGUUCUGCAGCUGCCAGCUAAACGGAGCAGCCCUGCUGCAGCAGAAGACCGAUGAGGAUGCAGACUUCAAAGAGUUCUUGAAGAGACUGGCCCGAGACCCUCGGUGCCAGGGCAUGCCACUGUCUAGCUUCCUGUUGAAACCCAUGCAGAGGAUCACACGCUACCCACUGCUCAUCAAGAACAUCCUGGAGAAUACCCCAGAAAGCCACGUGGACCACUCCUCCCUGAAGCUCGCCCUGGAGCGUGCCGAAGAGCUUUGUUCCCAGGUCAAUGAAGGGGUCCGGGAGAAAGAGAACUCUGACCGCCUGGAGUGGAUCCAGGCUCACGUCCAGUGUGAAGGCCUAGCCGAGCAACUCAUCUUUAACUCUCUGACCAACUGCCUGGGCCCUCGGAAGUUGCUGCACAGCGGGCGGCUGUACAAGGCCAAGAGCAACAAGGAGCUCUUUGGCUUCCUCUUCACGGACUUCCUGCUGAUGACCCACGCCGCCAGGCCGUUCCCGGCUGCCUCGGGCCCCGAGAAGCUCUUCAGCAGCAAGUCCAGCGCCCAGUUCAAGAUGUACAAGACGCCUGUCUUCCUGAACGAGGUCUUAGUGAAGCUGCCCACGGACCCUUCGAGUGACGAACCCAUCUUCCACAUCUCCCACAUUGACCGUGUCUACACGCUCCGAGUGGACAACAUCAACGAGAGCCUGGGUUCAGAAGAUCAAAGGAGCUUCAGAGCAGUACAUCGAGACCGAGAAGAAGAGGCGGGAGAAGGCCUAUCAAGCACCUGUCCAGUGAACGGUGGAGCCACAAGCAGGAACUCCAGGAGGAAGGGGAGGUGUGGGAGCUCAUCAUGAUGCAGUGGUUGGAAGGGCUGCCAGAGCAUAGAGGAGGAGGUCAGGAGUACUCAGCGAGCUGAGUUCAGGCAGGAGCAAAUGUCUGAAGAAGUGGAGGAGACGUGGCCCACCUCCCAUUACAUGAGGCCCUUUGCCACCUCAUCUCUCUUCAUUGUCCCGGCCAAGGUCAGGAAGAGGGCAGGGACCAGGACAGGUAGCAGCAGGAGCCGUUAGAGCCAAGACAGGCGGGUCACCUCUUGGGGUGUGAGGUUCAGAGCAGUGGAUACCCAAGCCCUUUUGGGAGGAUGGGGAUUAGCUGUGGGCCAGGGAGAGUAGGAACAAAAGCUUUUAUUAGGCACCUGCCGUGUGCCAGGCACAGUGCUGAGCACUGAGGACACAUACAGCAGAAAGAGGGUUCCUGCCUUCCCUCAAAUUGCUGAUGGCCUGAUGCGGAAGGACCACACAUCACGGGCACCUGGGCACAGUGACCUGGAGGCCUGUUUUGGGCAGCAGCAGAGGGGAAGGGGUCAGCCCUUGUCCUUGCAUGGGGAACUUGUGUCCUUAGAGAUCUGCCCUCCUCUUCCUCAGCCCCAUGACCACCUCCUCCUUCCCUCCUCCUCAACCACACAUUGGGUCUCUCCAUGAACUUAUUCUGUUUCCCUCAUUAGAAGUGCUGACCAUUCCAGCUCUCCUUAAGCCUUGCCUCACCCAGACCUGUUCUCUGCCCCUCACUGAGACCCCUCCUCCUCCUCAGUCCUUUCUCAGUCCCUGACCGCCCAACCCGACUUCACUCUGACUCCCACCUAUCUUGGCUCUACACGGUCCUCUUGCCCCCUCGUCCUGGCAUUGCCCUUCUCUCGCCAGGUCUCGGGUGCCCCACGCACGGAUGGCAUCCCCUCUCCACUGGGCUGGGCAGCUCUUUGAUUCUGCCCCCAUUAUGUGAGACCCUUUGCCACGUGAUCCCUUUCCCCCCACCCCUACUGGCCAUCAUCCCCAUCUUCUCUUCCUUUAGUCUCUACCUGGGCCCUCCUGUCUUCUCCAGCCUGGUGGCCUCACUAUUCCCCUUUCUCAUCUCCAGCCCAUCCCUGUCUCUUGGUCCCUGCUCUGUUGCCCACACACAUGUCCUAAGGCUCCCCUACCCUCCACCCCCUGGAGUCCCCUCUUGUCCUGAUGGUGCCUCCCUUUAACAGCCCAGGCUGCCUCUGCUCUGCUUUGCGCCCUCUCUGCUCACCCCCUCCUCACCCUUUGCAUCCAUGCUUCUGGCCCUGCACCCCACCCCACACCUGAAGCCAUCCGUAGCUGUCUAUGGCUUGUUCAUUGUCACAUCUCAGCCCUUAGCCUUUCCUGCUGGCCAGUGUCCUCGGCCCCCUCAGCCACUGUCUCCCACUCUCCUGGUUCCUCUUCUCUGCCUCUAGUGGGGUGUGCACCCCUGGCCAGCUCCACUCUCGGUCCCUCACCCCGGUCUGUCCCAGGGACACCUCAGUCAUUGUUCCCAAGCCCAAACUCAUGCUUUUCCCCCCAGAUCCAACCCUUGGCCAAAUGUCCCUGUUUCUGUGGGGGGCAGGCACCCAUGUGUGCACGUCAGUGUUGUCCCGCUCAUCUCUCCCAGCCAGUCAGUCACUAGAUCUCGUAUCCACCUCCUUGGCGUUAUCCUUCCCACCUCUGCUCUCCUCAUUGGUCGCCGUCCACUCCAGACCAAGCUCCACACUGUGGCCCUUAUGCCCACUGUGUGUCCCAUGCCUAUGCCCGUGUGACUGUCCUACUCAACACACUCCAAUAUCCACACUUGGGCUUAGCUUUGAAAGCCCUUCAUGAUCUGGCCCCAGCCUAGCUUGGCAGCUUCCCUCCCAUACCCAGCGAUGCUGUGUAAAUGGAGCACCUGGCUCCUCCUAAUAUACAGGGUAGCUAGGUAGGGCAGCAGAUACAACACAGGGCCUGGGCUCAGGAAGAUCUGAGUUCAAAUCCAGCCUCAGUCCUUUACUAGCUGCAUGGCCCUGGCAAGUCAUUUAACCUCUGUAGGCUUCAGUACAGGGAUAUUGGCUCCUAUCUCCCAGGGUGGUUGUGAGGGUCAAAUGAGAUCUCUGUAAAGCGCUUAGGACGGUGCCUGGCAUAUAGUAAGCACUAUAUCGAUGUUGUUACUCUCAUGAUCAUCAUCGUCACCUCCACGCCUUUGCCCUGGCCGGCUCCCUCCUCUGCCUCCCAGAAGCCCUCUCUUCCUUCGGGAUGUAGCUCCAGCCCCACCUUCUCUAGGAAGACUUUCUUGAUGUGCCUUCUCCCAAACCCCUGCAUUGAGUCUCUUUACAUUGAUGGGGUCC